AUGAACAAAACAAGCGAAAAUAACUUCAAAUUAUAAAUUAAUGGCCCAGAGAUCAAUGAAGAUAUUGACUUUAAAGAGCAGGAAUUCCAAUCAAAUAAUAAAAACUACAACUCCUAAAUUCACGCAAGGCUAAGCCUCUUCAACAGCGCACGCAAAUCCGAACUGCAAUAAGAUAAUGAUUUAGUAAAGAAAUCUGAAAUAAUUGAAGAUAAUGAGGUUGACUAUAAAUGCCAAGGAAAAACCGAUAUAGAGGGUCUAAAUGAUCUAUCAGAUUUCAGAUUAAGCUCAGCAGAGUAAAAAAUCUUAUCUCCUAGCAAUGAAACUAAAAUUGAACUCAAUGCUGGAAAAACUUCUUUAGAAGAUUGGGAGAACUCUCCAAAGAUGAAAAGGUCUAAUUUUAAAUUGUUGAAGAAAAAAACUCCUAGAAUCAACCCACUUGCUAAAAUAAUAGGUGGUGCAUUAGUAUCCAAAGUUAUCGAUAUAAGUGAAUUCAUUGUAAAAUUCAAUGUGGGUAGAUUCAUAAGAAUAUAUGUCUAUCAUCUGCUAUUUUGGUAUCUUGGUUUAUUCUCUGUUCCUAUAAUAACCCUCUUUGAAGGCAUGCAAUUGGUAAGUAACAUGUAAUUUUGGUUUACAAAAGGUUUCAUAGUUGGCUUUGUCAACUAGCUUAUUUAAAAUUCCCUUAAUCUGAUAUUGCUGCUACUAUUUUUAAACUAACGGUUUGAAAUCUUUCCUAUAAAAACUGAACUGAAAAAUAUCUACACAGAGCAGUUCAUCUUUGUCUCUGUUUAAAUUAUUGUCAGAUGCUUUAUUAUAGCUGUGAGGUAUGGAUAUAGCUCUUAAGUAAGAUUUGAUCUAAUGAAAUCAGGAAAAUAAAAAGUAGAAUUCGUUAAUAAAGAUCUACUUGUGCUUAACUGGUUUGUGAUUAAUCCAACCAGUAUUGACCUAGAAAUUGAAUCAGCUUUUUGGAGAAAUUAAGUUGAAGAUAAAGAUUUCUAUUUCAUGUUUUUCGAAAAAAUUUAAGACAAUGAUACUAGGGAAAGGCUAACAGAUGAUGAUUACUAUGAGAAAAAUAAAGCAAUUUUUACAAUGAAAAAGUAUAAAGACUUGCUUUAAAAAUAACAAGACAUGCUGAGGAAUAAAUAGAGAACUUUGCACAAAUUUGACCCACAAGUAAAUGACUAUGAUAUGUUUACAGUUCAUAAUUAUUACAAAUUUGAUAAUGAGAAUCAAGAUGUAAAAUGGGAGUGA